UUCUCUCCUCCCUCUUCCUCAGGACAUCAUCUCGGCGUCAAUAGUAGAGCACUGAUUCAAUUGCUUCCCCUCUGCGAUUUUCCUCGCUGCAGACGCACUUGUUGUUGCUCGUUUCUCCUUGCCCGUCCCCACGUGAGGUCGUUCGCUUCCCCGCCAAGCUAAGCCCUUGCAAGCCUCACCUUAUCGCAAUUCGAUCGAAACGACCCCUCCGCGGGCCUGUCGCAGCUCGCCAACGUCUUUUCACUCUCUUCCCCGUUUCUCGCCUUCUCCGGCAGGCACAAUGAGUUUUUCGGGCAUGCUGAACAAGCUGCAGGGGCAGCCGGAAAGCUAUGAGAAGAAAUCCCUAUAUCGAUUCGGUCGAACACUGGGCGCGGGCACUUAUGGUAUCGUUCGCGAGGCCGAUUCUCCACAGGGAAAAUGUGCCGUCAAGAUUAUAUUGAAGAAAAAUGUGCGCGGAAACGAACAGAUGGUGUACGACGAGUUGGAAUUACUGCAGAAAUUGAACUACCCAAACAUUGUUCAUUUUCGUGAUUGGUUCGAGUCGAGGGAUAAAUACUACAUUGUGACCGAGCUUGCGACGGGAGGAGAGCUCUUUGAUCGAAUUUGUGAAUAUGGAAAGUUUACUGAGAAGGAUGCAUCUCAAACUAUCAGGCAGAUAUUAGGAGCGGUGCAUUAUCUACACGACCGGAAUAUCGUUCACCGAGAUCUCAAACCCGAGAAUUUACUCUACCUCACAUCCGACUCACAAUCAUCUCUUGUACUUGCAGAUUUUGGAAUUGCCAAAAUGCUAGAACAUUCUAGUGACGUUCUCACUUCGAUGGCCGGCUCCUUUGGAUAUGCCGCGCCUGAAGUCAUGUUGAAAGAGGGCCACGGAAAGCCCGCUGACAUGUGGUCAAUGGGUGUCAUCACCUACACCCUACUGUGCGGUUACUCACCUUUCCGGUCCGAGAAUUUACCCGAUCUUAUUGAAGAAUGCCGCGGUGGACACGUUCAAUUCCACUCACGCUACUGGGGCGGUGUAUCCGAAGAUGCGAAGGAUUUCAUCAAGACAUUACUCAAUCCCGAUCAGAACUCCCGAGCCACAGCCGAAGAGGCCCUUGAACACCGCUGGCUCAAGGGAGACACGGCUACCGACUACAACUUGCUGCCCGAAAUUAAGGCGUACAUGGCCCGUGCCAGACUCCGACGUGGUAUCGAAAUCAUUAAGCUCGCCAACCGCAUCGAGGCUCUCAAAAUGCAAGAAGACGAUGAAGACGACGAAGACGAAUCUAUUUCCAAGGGUGAUCUUCCAUCUAAUGCUGGCGAGGCAGCCAAGCAAGCUGUUCACGGUAACAAGAAUACAAAUGAUCUCUCUUCCACCUUCCCGUCUCUGUCGGUCACCGAUCCUUCAGGCGGCGUGGGUGAUACCAAGGAAGGAGAUGGAGAAGGAUCAGGAUCUCUUCCAGGAGGUACCCGAAAGAAACGAAGUUUGAGCAGGAUUGCGCGCGGCGCUAUUUUCCGUGAAGUUGUUCUUGCAAAAGUGCGUGAGAUGAAGCAGGAGCAAGAAACCAAAAAUGUAGAACGCGAGGCGAUCGCCCGUGCGGAAGCUGGCAAUCACCAAUAACAACAGAUAUUUAUUGGAUUUGCUAUUGUCACUUUUCGAUGAUAUCCCGGUUAUUUAUAGGUUGUGGAUGUUUUUCUUUUCCCCCCCUUUUCUUUUGUUUAUAAUCUUUUUACUAGGUUCUACACGUUGAGUAUAGCUUGGUUUAUAGGUAGGCAUGUUUUGUCCAUAACUUAAUCAAAAACAUGUAUAUGUCACUUCACAGUCAUAUCUAGUCGAAAUAAUAUCCAGUACAUUGUUUUCUAUCUUA